CGUAACGUUUGCUGGGCUGGACUUGCUCUUUAUAAUACCUGGGCUUCCCCACAACAUCUAAUAUAUUCUCUGUAGCUUGAUCAAGAAAAGAUCUUUCAAGGAAAAUAUUAUUGCACCUACUUUGCUCUCUACCAAGAACAGCAGAAGGAUUAUUACUUUUCUUUUAUAUUUUCUAAGUGACAGCAGGAUUGUACAAACCAGAAAAGGUACAGUGUGCAGCUAUACACUCAUUGAUACAUCACUUGUCUAACCUGCAACUUUUAUUCAUGCACCCUAGUAAAUCUGACAUUUUGAGCACAUGCAAAAUAAAUAUGCAUUUGAUGUUUUAGUGAGGCUCAGUUGCAUGUUAUCUGUUGAAUGUGGAUUUGUAUUAUUUUUAAAAAAUAUAUAUAUAUUUUUGAGUUAUUAAACACAUCUAAAAAUAUCCAUGCAUCUUCUAUGCAUUCGAAUGUGUUUAUCUGCAGAGUUCUGCAGAUUGUUGCUGGUUUAAAAGCUUGAAGUAAUUACAGCACGCAUUUUCAUUAAAUCCAUUGUACAGCGCUGCGAAAUGUGUUGGCUCCUUAUGAAUAAUAAUUUACAACACUGCAAUAGUUUUAAAAAUGCUCUAUUCUAUUAGACAACAGGCAGUGUUUUAUCACUUGUCAGUUAUUAUCAUUGUCAAGUCAAUGCAAUAACUAAUGUUCCAAGUUUAGAAUCCAGCUCUAAAACUGAAAAUGCAACAAUGUUUAAUUUACAAAAAAAAAGAAGUAUAUAAUAAGAAUGAUAUAGUAUUAGUAGAAUUUAGCUCAAAAGCGGCAAAUGUUAGAAUUUUUGCAUUUAUAAACAUAUAUAUACAAAUGCAAAAAUUUUAUAAAUAAACAUACAUGCAGCGUGUUGUGUUGCAGCGACCGGCAGAGUGAAUGAGGAAGUACUGGGAGAAAAAUAACAAAGUCUGUUAGACAGCAGGGGAGGAGGGAAACAGGAACACAAAGGGCAGAAGCAUGUAAAGGCUAUUGCAGGGUGUAAUUGUCAUCAUAAAUCUAUAUUUGCAUAGAUUUAAGGAGCGUCCUUUAGGUUUAUAGUUAUGCUGAUAACGUGCCUAAGAUCUCUAAAGUAUCUUGCACGAAUAAAAAAAAAAGAAAAAGAAUCUAAAUUUGAGGUUAUUGCUAAAAGCUAACAGCUGGUUCGUUCCUGUGUAUCUGUCACGCACAUGGCUCCGAAUGUUGAUUUGCAUGUAAUUCAAUUGUUUAUUAGAUUAUUGAGAAAUGUUUUUUGGCAAACAUUCCAUGUGACUGUUCCAAGAAAUGAAAUAAAUAAAUUAUAAAAAUGUAGUGUAAUGGCUUCCCUUGGUUGCUAUAAAGGACUAAAUGCACAGUUGUUGUGGACAGAACUCUUGACAACAUGCAUGUAGUAACCCUCUGGCACCGCAGGAGUUAUCCACUGCAGCUGUGUUUGGGAUUUUUUGCAAGCUGUCAGCUUUCCCUCCAUUAGUGAUAUACAGUGCAAUACAGAAAAGGGGUGUGGUCGUGCACAAAAGUUCAGCUAUAAGAAGAGGGAUCUGUGUGCAGACUGCCUGCUGCCUUCCAACUUUAGCUUUUCAUUAAAAUAUAUAAAAAAAAAAAUACUUCUGUGUAUACUUUCAUGUAUAAAUGUGUAGCAAGAGGCAGGAAGAGCCCACAGCUCCGUUCAUUGGCACUUAAUCUUUGCUUUAUCUGUAAAAGCUCCAACAUGUUCUGUAGCGCUGUACAAUAGUUAACAUAUAAUUUAUUUGAAUUCUCAUAUCUCAAGUGGUAGUUUUUGUAAUCAUUACGCUGCCAGAAAAAAAGCAAAAAACACACUGUGCACUUUGUGGCAGAGAAUGAGUUAAAAUGUUGGCUUUAUCGGUCUCCUUAGUUUAUUGUAUGACAUCAAAUCCCCUGGCAUAGCCAUGAAAACUUUGAUUUGUACUGUCUACAACUAAAUUCAGUGCACCUGAUUUACUUUUUUUGUUAUCAAGUAUAUGCCUAAAAUAUGUAGAUUUCAUAUAUUAAUUGGGUAGAAGAGAAAAUUAGAUUAGCGUAGGAAGUAUUUCUCCUGAAGAAAUCAGGAUUUAUUAUGUUACAACUCACAAGGUGGCAGUAAGACAAUAGAACAGCUAAACAUGUCCAAGUGUAAACAGAGGAUAGGAGGACACCGUCCACAUGUAUCCACUAGUUUGUAUUACUCAAGCUGUGUGUUUUUUUUAUGAGUCAGCCAGAACUGUUUUAACUGGUAUUCCCCCAGAUAAUCAUUGGGCCUCGGGGUUUUUUUUGUAAUCAUUUUAAGCCAAAUUUAAAGGAAACAAAAAAAAAGUUACUGAAUUGUUUCAGUGAUUAUGACCACAACUAAAUAUAUAUAUAUAUAUCAGCUUAAUUAAAUUCAAAGUUUUUAAAUCUUUUCACAGAAACAUGCCUGUUCCACGUCUGCGGAUGAGACCUUGGCUUGAAAAGCAGAUUGAAUCUAAGGCCAUCCCUGGCCUCUCAUGGGUUAACAAGGUAACCUAUAAAAAAAAUGUAUUAUUCAUAUACCGUGCUUAUCCAUGUAGACUAUGUAGUCAUUCAAAAAAAAAAUAAGAAUUGAAAAAUAAAAUAGUACAUUUAAUAUAUUUUAUGAUAACGUAUAUAAAGCUCAUAAGUAGGAAUUAUCCCUGAUUCUAUUCACAUACAACCUUUACAGGUAAACAUAACAACUUUUACAUUUGAACUUCUAAGUAGAAUACAACUAAAUAUGUAACCAUGUUACAAUUGAGAAAAUACAGUUAUUUACUUAUGUUGAAAAUCAACAAUUAUAAUAUUUUAAAUGGACAACAAUCUAGGCCAGAGGUGGGCAAUCCUUGGCCCUCCAGAUGUUAUGGACUACAACUCCCUUGAUGCUUUGCGAGCAUUAGGGCCCUAAGAGCAUUAUGGGAGAUGUAGUCCAAAACAUCUGGAGGGCCAAAGAUUGCCCACCCCUGAUCUAGGCUAUUAUUUGCUAAAAAAAAAAAAAAAAAAUGUACACAGUAAGACAAAAUGAUUUUAUAUUUUUUUUCAUCAGGAAGAAAAACUUUUCCAGAUCCCUUGGAAGCAUGCAGCAAGACAAGGCUGGGACAUUAAUAAGGAUGCCUGCCUGUUCAGGAGCUGGGCUAUUCAUACAGGUACACUUCUUAUAGUAAUCUACUAGGUGUGUUAUCUACAGUUGAAAAUGGUUUAGAUAAAUCAGAUUAGAUUAUUAGCUGUACUUAUUUUUUUCCUUUUCAUUCAAGGGAGAUACAAAGAAGGAGAAAAGGAACCUGAUGCUAAAACAUGGAAAGCGAACUUCCGAUGUGCUAUGAACUCUUUACCUGAUAUACGAGAAGUUAAGGACAAAAGUGUGUACAAAGGAUCAAGUGCUGUCCGUGUUUACAAAAUGCUACCUGCCCAAGUCAAGGUAGAACGAAAAGGUAAGAGAUAAGGAUAUAGAUAUAUAUUUAUAUAUGCCUGUAUGUACUUUAUGGUUUCAUAUUGUUUGUGAUAUGUAUAUGCCAUGUAAUAUGCAUAUACUGUAUGUGAUAAUAAAUGGUAUGUGGGAUAUUUUAAAUGGUUAAUAUGAACAUAUCUUAAUAUAACAUUUCAUCAAAGAAAAUAAAGACAGUCACGGGGGAUUGAUUUAUGUCCUCUAUUCUUUACCUGUAAGCCCUAUAACUAAUAAUAUAUAUAAUAAUAACUAAUAAAUAUAUUUUGCAAGGAAACUAAUUUGUAUAAAUUACAGAAUUUCCAAUAUUAGAAUUUUAAACUAGACUUUUCUUUUGUGUUUUUUUUUUUUUUUUUACAGAACGGAAGUCCAAGUUAAUAAAGGAUGCAAAGAGCAAACUUAGUAAAAAGGUAAUUUUUGUUUUAGAAUGUAGUACUCACACUGCUUGUGCAUACUGUCUUAAUUAGUACUGCCAACAAACUUUAUAGUAAUGUUACCAAUGACUAAAAGUAUAUAUUUUUUCUCUUGUAGGGUUCUGAUUCAUCACAAGAAGAAAUUGAGGAAGCUGUUAAACACACUCACGCUAUGGGAGACCAUUGCUACACUUCAAAUGUCUACACAGAACAAGAAAUAGCCAUUGCAAAUGUAGACAUCAUGGGUGAGACUUUAUUUUUACAAAUCUUAAAAUGCUCAACUAUUCUUGCAGUAACAAUGUUGUAAAUAUAAUCCAUUUUUUAACUUAGUGCCCAACAUCUACAUCAUCAACUGCAUUAGAAGUUUUAUCUUUUUUUUUUGUUUUUUAUCAGUGAUAAAAAGUAGAAUUAAGGCAAACAGACAUUAGAACCCAAAAUGCACAACGUGUUUUUCUUGUGACUUUUCUUUAUGGCCCUUCCAUUAUGCCAUGGAAUACUCUAAAGUCUAUAAUAUAACAGAAGAUAUUUUUAAAGUAUUUGUUUUGAUGGAUUGUAAAUAAAUUAGAAGUCUGGUGCCUCUGAUAUGGCUGAGGCACAUACGUUUACAACUGUUUCUUCAUUCAGUGUCUGAUAUUUUCAGUAAGUUAAAAUAUCAGACUGUUGAAAAAUAAGCUGUAAUUUCUCAAAAUUUAAGGCAGCCAUAUUCAUGUACUGGGCAUUUAAAUGUGGAUGACAAAGGUUCAAGACAGAUUGAGAUUCAGUCUUUGAAUAUGAAGACUUUCGAUUUAACACCUUAAUAGCUUAAGGUCUGAUAUCUGCAUAUUAAGGCUAAAGAAAACAAUAGACAUAAACGUUUGACAAUUUUUAAUGAACAUCUAAUUAUCAUUAAAAAAAAUACGUGAAAUCUAACACAAGCUUUUUUUUUGCAGAUUUACUUGAAAGUGAAGAAGUCACCAGCAAAGAAUGGAAUAACCAGUUGGAUAUACCAUUACCUGACAGUACAAAUAAUAUGUACUCUUUCCAAGUCUCUCCCAUCACUUCUUCCUCAGAAGGUAACUAUCAAACGAUCAAUAUAAAAUAUGUAUUUACUUUACUGAAUCAAGGCAGAAUUGUAUUGUAUGACCUGAUAAGCAUUUUCAUGUGACAUAGAAAUAUUUUAGUUUUAGAUGAUGGUAAAGUCUCAAGAGAUACAAAAAGUCAGUAAGGGACCAAACUGGACACUUUAAUUUUAGGUGUGUGGCCAGAUGCGGGACUGUACUGAGAAAUGUAAAGUUACUUACUAAAAACAAUUUAUGCAACUAAAAUGUAAUUUAGAACAAGAACAUUGAAUCUUAUUUACACAGACUGAUUUAAAAACAUGACUGAGGGAAUUAUUGCUGUGUCCUACUUUAGGAAAGAAAAUAGAGACAGAGGGAUUUGUGCUCAAAAUAAGGACCGUCCCUCCUAAAUAGGGACACUUUGCAGAGAUGUGAAAGGGGAGCAGAAACCCAACACCUUGAUGGGUCGGUCAUACACCAUGUGACUCAGCAGAAGCAAUAGGCAGCUAAGCACACAAUACUAGUGGUGACCGGUGUAUAUAGUGCAAUUGUUUACAAUAAAUGUAAAGGAAUUCAAUGUUUUAAGGAAAUGAAACAUGAUCAUUGUAUCUUGUUUUAAUGUAUGACAUGGAAAACACAUUGCAAUCUCUUGUUUUGUUAAUGAAAACGUCUAAAAUUGUUAAAAUAAAAUGUUGGAUAUUAGCAAUGUUUAUUUAACUAACUCCAUCAUGUCUUCUUCAGAUAUCAAAUAAUUUUUAAGCUGGACUGCUAAAUUUCUGUUUUAUUUUUAUAAAGUAUAUUUUAGUAAUAUUGUAUUUAUUCACACUAUAACGUCAUAUAUAUAUAAACAGUCUAGGAAUUUAAAUGAUUUCAAUCUCAAAUUAAAUUCCAUUUUCUUUUCUGUUACAGAGGAUGAAGAUGAUAUGAAGGUGAGUUACUAUUCUUUUUUCCUGAACCUAAAAGAAAUAGCUUAAACUAGGGGUAGCCAAAUUGUAGACCCCAAGAUGUUUUAAAACUACAGCUUCCAUGAUGCGAGAGGCAUGCUAACGACAUGCAAAACAGUGAUUUAUACAUAGUGUAGGAGUUAGAACAGGUGUAGUUUUCCAGAGAGAAGUUGCAUUCCAAAAAUAUGUGAAACAUUACUUCUCUGGCACUUGUUUAGCAUCAGCAAUCCAGAAAAAUUCCAAGGAACAACAAGCAUUAUCGUUUUGCACACCAGGCUCACAAGAGUUUAGAUUCACAGUAGCAAGACAGCUUACGCUUACUCAUAUCUGGCCUAGAAUGUAGUAUGUGUUUUUAAAUGCACUAUUUAUGAAUGUAGUUAUUGUAAGUGCACUCUAAGAAUACAAACCCCAUAAUGUUUUUCUGUGUGAAUCCCUUGAAUGUUAAUGUUUUGCUGUUUAUUUCAGACGUGGGAUUCAAAUGCUGAAUGGCAACAUACCAACAUAGAUGGCAACAGAUAUUUUACGAAUGAAUCUGGCGUCCAAAACAACUGCAUAACAGAGAUGAAUCCGGUGUUCGAUGACCUAAGUAAGGUGGCUGGUGUACAUACAUUUUCUAUAAUUUAAUAAAAUAAAUAAGUGUAUUGCUUAUCUUUGUAGAUGAUGAUCACCACUGAAGCAUUUAUAUUUGUGCUUUAUUUUAAUACCCUCAAUAUACUUAAAUGGAAAAAACAGUGGCAAUAUUCAACAUUUUAGACAAUUUUAGAAAUUGGCUCAACAAAACAAAGAUAUUGCAAUUGCAGGAGACUAAACCACAACAAAAUGGCACUGAGUGAGCAGCUUUUAACUCACAAUCUGACUGCAGACCGUACAAUUAUCUACAAACAGUUAGUGAUGUUCUUACUAUUUGUCUCCCUGAAUGUCCUCUCCUUCUAAUGCAGGUUGCUUUGUAGUUCACAUCACUUUGUACUGCUAGUGACCAAGCUUUGUGGAUUUAAAGGAAGUUUUUUUUCUGGAGAGUGGGGGCAUAACUUAUUGUGCAGCAUUCUGGAGAACAUUAAAAAAAAAACUAUAAAAAAAUUAAACAUGCAAACAAAUACCACAUAUUAAAGAGGCCAUAACCUAUCAAAUCUAUUAAAGUUGUAUUGCUGCCUGGAGUGUCCCUCUAAGGCCAAAAUAGCUGAAAUAGAAACAUUCUCAAAGUCAACUAUGCUUCCAGUUGGACCUUUUUUGGUCUAAUUUAUUUUAAAUAAACUUUGAUUUCCUGGCAGUUCUCAAUUAAGUGAACAACCAUGUUGAUGUAUAACUGUCACUUCACUAUGCAAAACUACCUAAAAGUUAAGGGUUAUUGUUUUUUUAAUCCUCAUGGUGCAAAGUGUGCAAAUGCAUGUACAGUACCAUGCAUACGUGCACCUGGAACAUCAUGAGGUGUUAACCUCAUACAUAGAAGUGCUGUGGUGGAAGGUGUGUUUUAUGCUUACCUCUGCACUCUUCACCUCAGAGACCACUUCAAUAGCAUUCACUAGGGUGAUGGAUUGAGAAACUGUAAAUAACUUUUCUAAAAUGUCAGUGUAUUUGCAUGUAGUUUUCUAGUAAGUUCUGUUGCAGUUGUUGUCAUAAUAAUUUUUCAAUCUCAUUAGGAUUAGUUAUUCUCAGACUUACAGUUCCACAGACUAAGGCAUUCUUGUCAUUCUCAAAUAAGGGCCAUGUUUGGCCUCGAGGUACAACUUGUUUAUAAAGAGGGUAAUUUAUAAGGCCGACAAUGGCUAAAGUUUCCAUCUUAGCUGGAUAGAGAACACUCUUCUGCAACAAUUUUUCUUAACCAAUAAUAACAUUCAUCACCCUGAUCUAUAGUGAGGUCUGGGGCACCUAUUUAUUUUUUAUCACUGCUUCUCUGAAAGAAUGCAAUGACAUAGAAAUGCAGAAACAUGACUGAAGCUAGGUCAGUGGCAAACUAAAAUACAGAUUGAAACAAAAUGUAUAUAUGCUGGUGUGUGGAUUUUCAUCUUUUAGUUAUUCUGGAGCUGAACUAUGUUUCUUUAAUGAAAUUGUACCACAUCCUGCCAGUAAUUUUUCUGCUUACAUUCGCACGCUUUUUUAGACAGUGUAAUUGUAUUCAUUCGUGUUUAGUUGUGUUUCUCACUUUGUUACAUUUUUCUUUUAUUCCAGGAGAAAAUGACCUCCGGUUGCCAACAGAUAUGAGGACUGGGUUUGAUAUCUGGAAAGAGCACUCAUUUUCAUGGGCUACAGGACUGUCUCCUAUUUGCUCUUUGUGAAAUGAAUCCUGCCUUAUUAGAAAGGCUGUUUAUCACUGAAAAUAGUGACAAUUAAGAAGAUGUUUUCCUUUCUUUGGAAUCAGAAACAAAAAAAGAGAACCAAAACAAUAAUUUCUUCAUGGCGCUUAACCAUGGGAUAGAAUUAUGAACUUCCUGUUGCUAUUUUGUUUGUCAAAAACUUUAGCACAGGGCAUUUCACUACAUUCUUUCUGAUCAUCUUAGAGGGGAUUCUGCAUUUCAGUAUCUGGCUGGAAACACAAAACAUUGGUGCAUCAGGGAUCUGGAGACAUCCUUUGGUAACGAGAGAAUUUCAUUAGUGUAGAAAUAUGUACUGGGUGGAUUGGUCAAGCAGGGGAAAAUCAAAAUAGUUGCUGGAUAAGAAGAGCGGAGCUCAGAGUAUGCAUUAUUUAACCGAACUCUGAAGAAUAGGGCUUUGACACCAAUAGCUAUCACUCAGCUGUGAAUAUCAGAUUCUUUGGAAAGAUCUUAUGACUGAGCCAGAUGGGAAUACUUUGCUUAACCAGUCAUAAAGCACUUAAUAUUCAUACACUUUGGAACUUCCUGUACAUUUAACAUUAUUGCAUUAACUGUGUGAUGCGACUAUCAGUUUAAAAACAAAGUUCACUUAUUUAUUUAGAUCAACUAAAGCCAUACUGAAUACAUGUCUUACUGAACUGUAAAGUAACAGGAGAACAUUCUGCUAUAAAACAUCCACAGAUGUGAAAACAGGUGCAAAAUUGCUCUCAGACUCCAUUUUAUAGCAAGUAUGGAUAAAAGACAUGGAAAGUUAUUACAUCACAACGCACUUUAUAUUAGUGAUGUGAGACAUUUUACAUGAACAGCUUCUGUCUUAUUUGUGGGCCAAAACCUUGCAAAACAUAUGUUUAACAUAUACAUAUAUAAAAUUAUUGUUUGCCAUUUACAAUUCAGACACCUCAAACUGAAUUUGAAUGGAUGAUACGUGAUAAUGUUGGCAUCCUAUUAAAAACACAUGUAUUCUUGGAACAAAUAAGAAUGCGCUGUUGGUGUGGGUGGUAAUAUUCCACUCUUGUAAAUAGUAUAUGUAGUUUGUAUUAAGUAUUUUCAUGUGUGUGAAUAAAUUUUUAUUUUAAAACUAAA